UGGCAGCUUGUCAUUUCAACUUGUUUUAUUUAUUCUGACAAAAUUAUUAGUGCUAUUAAAUAUAUUCACAGAAUAUCGUUUCUUAUUGGCAUUGCAAGAUGGAGGAUUCAAGAGCAGUGCUCAGUAUGGCCAUGGGCAAGAAGACAAUUUUGUGCGUGGGCUACUUGAAUAUCGAUUGCAUAUCGAUUGUUAAGCGGUUUCCCAAACCGAAUGAGGUACAAACUAGCACCAUGGGCAAUUGGCAGCGUGGAGGCAAUGCUGGCAAUAAUUGCACUGUCCUUCGAAACUUUGGCGCCGAUGUCGAAUUCUUUGGAGUACUGAGCGCAUCCCCCAUGAUCAGCUUUAUACAGAACGAUAUGCAUAUGCGCGGCAUCAAGUGGGAUAACUGUCCCAAAUGCAACGAGCCGCCACCAUUGUCAUCAGUGAUCGUCAACCGGAAGACACACGUUAGCCAAGUUCUCAAUUGCAAGAAAUCGUUUCCCUAUCCCACUUUGGAGGAUUUUCAGAAGCUUGAUCUGAGCACAUAUGGUUGGAUACACUUUCGUGGCUGCAGAGCAGAUAUAACCAUUGAAAUGAUGAAAGUUGUCGACGCCUACAACCAAACGCAUAGUGAUAAAAUUGUCAUCUCAAUGGACUUUGACACGGAGUUGACUAAAAAUUGGCCCCUGGUCGAUUACUGUCAGUACGUCUUUUUCUACAGGUCGCUGGCUAAGGAAAUGGGUUGGAAGUCGGCGAGAGCGUCCUGCGAGAACAUCGACGAUAUGUUGAACAUGCGAUUUGGGAUCAAUCUGCAGCGUCCCUUUUUUAUGUUCCUCUGGAAUAUGCAAAAUUUCAGCUUUAUGGAUUAUGAUAGCAACUACUAUCGCACGACCUCCUAUAAGCCGAAACGGUUCGUCGACAGUCUGGGCGCAACGGAAGCCUUUGUUUCCGGCUUUAUCUAUGCGGUCUAUGUGAGAGAACGCACUCAUCGCAUCGCCGCCGAUUUCGCCAGUUUAAUAGCCAACUACAAGUGCACAAAGCACGGCUUUGACCAUCUCCCAAAUAUCCUUCAAGUACCAGUUCCCUGAAUGUUUCAAAUAUAUAC